UUCUUAAGCCAGGAACAUACGAAAAAACUUACGCAUUAAGAAAUUCGACCUAUCACAGCAUUNUGUCAAAUGUAAACCGUGUCAAAAGAAUGCCGGCUCGUGAUUGGUUGAUUUCCUCAAUGAAAUUUUUUCCCGUGUGUUUUCUCUACUUUAGCGUACACUAAAUAUAAAUAUAUAUUCAACGAGUAAAUUGAUGCGUGUGUAUGUUUUUAGUUUUUGUUGUUGAAAAACCACUGAACAGUUUACAGCAAGAUAAAAAAGAAUAUAUGUUUCACGUUUAACAGUUCUUACUGCACUUUCUUCACAUCCCGUGAUUUAUUAUUAUUCUAUUGUUGUUUUUUAAUAAAAAGCGCGUAUUAAACAUUCGCAAUUUAAGUGCGAGGAAGUGUUUCUUUNAAAUAUUUGUUCUUGUUCCUGGUACAUUAUCUUUUCUCUUCGGAGGUACAACAAUAGAUAUUUUAUACAUAACCUCUCAAAUGAGAUACGCCAAAUACUGACCCGUUUUAGAAAGGAAUUGAAGACGUAUUUUAUGCGUGAACUUUCUGAAAAAAAAGGUGGGAAAUUAAUUUCUAGAAAUCAUGUCGACAACGGUAACAUUGCCUCAGAAGAAGUUUUACAGACAACGUGCGCACUCUAAUCCGAUAGCCGAUCAUUGCAUAGACUAUCCCAUUAAACCAGAGUUGAUGGACUGGAGCNUCCUGUAUCCGCAAUAUUUCUCCACCAAGCAAAUGCGAGAACAACAAAAACAGGUGGAAUUCGCGGACAUUGGUUGCGGCUAUGGAGGAUUACUAGUUACUUUGUCACCGAUGUUUCCGGACAAUCUCAUACUUGGUAUGGAAAUCAGAGUAAAGGUAUCCGACUUCGUUAUGGAUCGCAUUGCCGCUUUGCGCUCGAAAAACCCCGGACAGUAUCAGAACAUCGCCUGCCUAAGAACAAACGCCAUGAAGUACCUGCCGAAUUACUUUCACAAAGGACAGUUAAAGAAGAUGUUUUUCCUGUAUCCAGAUCCACACUUCAAAAAGUCAAAGCACAAAUGGAGAAUAAUAAGCAAGUCUCUCUUAGCAGAAUACGCUUACGUAUUGGCCGAGGGUGCUGUUGUAUAUACUAUAACAGAUGUAGAAGAUUUGCACAACUGGAUUGUUAAACAUUUCCAAGAACAUCCNUUGUUUGAGGAAGUUGCUAAAGAAGAUCUGGUGGCAGAUCCCGUGGUGGAAAAACUAUAUGAGAGCACAGAGGAAGGCCAAAAGGUAACUAGAAACAAGGGAGACAAAUUCCUGGCUGUGUUUAAGAGAAUCGCGGAUCCUUACUUGGAAUUGAGCAGCUAGCAGCGGCGAUUGCUCUGUUAUGUUAAUAUUUCAUAAUUAAAAAAAAUAAGGACAGUAAGUGUUUCAGUUUUACGAUUACACAGAAAUUUUUGACGAACGUGCUAAUGUCAAAGCAAAAGACACUUCAUUGUCCUGAACAAUCGCGAAGUUGAACUUUGUAAAUCCUAAAAUGGAAUGUGUGUGAAAGUAUCAUUUAGCAAGUGUCUUUUGAAAAUAAAUUUGACAUUUCUUAAUA